GCUUAAACCCUGGAGAAAUCCCCCGAAUGUUCAACGGCUUCUCUCUGUGAAAACUCUGAAACAUCUAGCGGAGAGCCUCUCCCUAAGUAGCCAUGAACAGAGUAAAGGCAACCCUUACAUCACUCAGACUCGUCAACUCGUUCCUCUCCACUCGGCUUCCCGCAACUCGACCUCUUGCCAGCCAGGUGAAUCAGUUAUAUGCCUCUCUUUCACAUCGAUCUUUUUACAAUUCGUACUUCCUAAGUACCCAUCAAAAGCUGUUCUUCUCGUCGAAACCAAGUUCGGUCGUGGAACUCCUUCUGUCCAACGAUUGGUCCGACGAGCUAGAGCUUGACUUAAAAAAAUCGUACCCUUCACUGACCCACGAAACAGUUAUUUACAUUUUGAAGAAACUCGAUAAAGACCCAGAAAAGGCCUCCGAUUUUUUCAACUGGGUCUGUGAGAAAGCUGGUUUUAGACCCAGUUCUUUGGUAUAUAGCUUAAUGCUUAGGAUUUUGGUUAACAAAGAGUCAAUGAAGCAGUUUUGGGUCACGCUGAGAAAAAUGAAAGAGGAAGGGUUUUAUGUUGAUGAGGAAACAUAUUUGACAAUUUUGGCGCAGUUUAAGAAGGGGAAGAUGGCUAGCGAUGUCACGGCGUUGAAACACUUCUACAGUCGGAUGCUUGUAGAGAAUGCGAUGGAGAAUGUUGUGAAGAAGGUGGUUGAUAUUGUUUCGGAGUCAGAGUGGACAGAUGAGGUUGAACAUGAAUUGGAGGAGCUCAAAAUUGUGUUAUCGGAUAAUUUUGUGAUACGGGUAUUGAAAGAACUUCGAAAUUACCCCUCGAAGGCUUUGAAAUUUUUUUAUUGGGUUGGCCGUUGUAGUGGUUAUGGACACAAUGCGGUGACUUAUAAUGCGAUGGCUAGGGUUCUUGGUAGGGAUGAUUCAAUUGAGCUGUUUUGGAGCGUUGUUGAGGAGAUUAAGAGUGCGGGUUAUGAGAUGGAUAUUGACACAUACAUAAAAAUAUCAAGGCAGUUUCAGAAGUACAAGAUGACGGAGGAUGCGGUGAAGCUUUAUGAAUUUAUGAUGGAUGGCCCAUUUAAGCCAUCAGUUCAGGACUGUAGCAUGCUUUUGAGGACCAUAUCAGCCGGUGAUAACCCGAAUCUGGAUUUGGUGUUUAGAGUUGCAAAGAAAUAUGAGUCAAUGGGUCAUACUCUCUCUAAGGCAGUCUAUGAUGGGAUUCAUAGGUCGUUGACAAGUGCAGGGAGGUUUGACGAGGCAGAGAAUAUUAUGAAGGUUAUGAGAAACGCAGGGUAUCAGCCUGAUAAUAUCACAUACAGCCAAGUGGUUUUUGGACUUUGUAAGAUGAGGAGGCUUGAAGAAGCUUGUAAGGUGCUGGACGAGAUGGAAGAACAAGGAUGCCUUCCCGAUAUUAAGACUUGGACUAUUUUGAUUCAAGGGCAUUGUGCAGCUAAUGAAGUUGAAAAGGCACUGAUGUGUUUGGCGAAGAUGAUAGAGAAGAACUGUGAUGUUGAUGCUGAUCUGUUGGAUGUCUUAAUUAACGGUUUCCUUAGUCAGAGGAGAGUAGAUGGUGCUUACGAAUUGCUUGUGGAGAUGGUGAAUAAGGAUCGUUUAAGACCUUGGCAAGCUACCUAUAAAAAUAUGAUUGAAAAGCUUUUAGGCGCAGGGAAACUUGAAGAAGCACUGAAUUUGCUUCGUUUAAUGAAGAAGCAAAAUCACCCACCUUUCCCGGAACCCUUUGUCCAAUAUAUUGCGAAGUUUGGGACUGUGGAGGAUGCUGCAGACUUUUUUAAGGCAUUAAGCGUAAAAGAAUAUCCAUCCUCUUCUGCUUACCUUCAUGUUUUCAAAUCUUUCUUUAAAGAAGGUAGGCAUUCUGAGGCCAAAGAUCUGCUUUUCAAGUGCCCUCAUCAUAUUCGUAAGCAUAGUGAAAUUGGCAAGCUUUUUGGUUCAACAGGGAAUGACAAUGCUGCUUCAUGACCAUUGUAUAAUCAAAUUUGUUCAAUACAUCGGAUGAUGUUAUCUAUUCUUAUUCCUACUUGCAGCAGAAAACCACUGCCUCAGAAUUAAAUGGAAGUUUUCUGGAAUAAGUUUGGAACUGAAGUCUCUUCUGUAGUUGUGAGGUUCUGGUCGGUGUUCAAACUGUUACAAUGGGAAGUAAAAGAGUACUGCUUGAACUCUUCUUCUCUGGGUUUGCCUAAAAUAAUGAUAAGCAUUAGCGUGCAUGUUCUUUGGUUA